AUGGACGGACAUAGGGUUAGCAUAUCCUUUAAGCCCUUAAGGUCUAACCUUCUCAACUUACCUUCCCCACUUUGUAAUCUCUUGUACAAUGCGAACAUUAACAUCCAAGAUGUAAUUGUUGAAAUUGUGAGCCAGAAUGCGUCUAAGGCCAAGUGGUAUGCUGGGUGGUCAGGUAUGACUUCGUCAAGUAUCGAUUUGCUUGAAAUUGACCCAAUAUUCGCCAAGUCCUUGAACUUCAAUGACAAGGACAAAGUCAUUAUAAACUUGAGGUUUGAUAAUUUUGAGACAACUCAAAUCAACUUAGAGCCUGUCAGUUCAUCGGACUGGGAGUUGGUAGAGCUUCAUGCUCAGAUCUUAGAAGAUAAGUUAUUAUCUCAGUCUAGGUGCGUGUCGCUAAACCAAGUAUUGGUGGUUUACCCAUCGCAGACUACCUCUGCUAGGUUGAUCGUCACAGACAUCGGUAGUAAAGACCACAAGUAUGCCAAAAUAUCUCCAGCGUGUGAGGUGGCGAUUGCUCCUAAGGUUAGAGAAAAGGACAAGAAACAGCUGCAACAAAACGGUUCUUCAUCAUCAAAAUCAACAAAAUCUGUAAGAUCAACCACUGGGCCAAGUGAAGACUAUGCUAACUUACCAUCUGUUUUGGAAAGAGGAAUCUCCUUGCCUCACCACAUCUAUUCAAAGUUACCUGAGCAUAGCAAUGUUAAAGGAUACGAAGUUUAUGUCAAUUUUAGAGAAGUGGUGCAUUCCUUGAACAAUACGAAGUACGUAGCUGUGGGGGUUAUUCCUGGUCCAUUGUCUAGAUCCAAUACUGUAGAUGCUAAGCAACCGCAAGGACAACAAGCUCCAGAUGCACAGGAUAAACCUUCCAUUAAGGAGAAUGUCAGAAUCAUUGCAAAACUUGUUAAUUAUAGCAAAAGUCCGCCAAACACGGUUGGUCUUUCCCCAAAGUUGGCAAUAGCCCUCGGCUGCGAAAACGAGGUCGGUAAUGUAAUUACCCUACAGCCAGCUAUAUCACCUUUGUUGAAGAGACCAUCCACUUUGACCAUUCAUCCUUAUAUAGUACAAACUGGUAAAAAAUCAAACCAAAUCAACUUAAACUCGUCUUCUAAGAAGGAACAAGACCAAAAGCUCAUAAAGAGUGUACUACAGCAUAUUGUAAUCAAAGGCUAUCCGAUUACAAAUUUUACAAAACUACCUAUCAUUUCUGAUGCCUUGCCUCAAGGAGGUUUAUUGAGAUUCAAAAGAAAUGAUGACCUUAAUUCAUGGAUUAAACCCAUUUCUGAUGAAUCCAAAUUACCAAAAUUUGAGAUUGGAGAAGAGUUAUUAAGGAACGAAAGUUUUAUUCAGCGGGACAGUUCACAGGAAAAGGAUGACGAACACUUGGUGGCGGUCGGAUUAGAGAAAAUGGAAGAUGAUAUCCUCUCUACUCUCACUUCUUCGAAGAAUUCCGGUUCUUUGGUUUAUGGAAAUUCUGGUUCUGGAAAAUCUUUAAUGUUAAGAAUAAUUGGGCAAAAACUUAGUGCCAAGUUUGGUGUACACGUUAAAUUUAUCUCCUGUGAAAGUAUAAUGAAUGAAAAUUUCCAAAAUUUGGCAAACAAUCACAUUUUAAAGUGGUUGCAGGAAUGUUCAUGGCACAAGCCUUCUUUACUCAUCUUAGAUAAUGUUGAGAAAUUGUUAUCUGCUGAGCAAGAACAUACAGAUUCUACUCAAUCCAAUCAAUUGACUGAAUUUUUAAUCUCCCAAUUGCAAAAAAUUCAUAACCAGAGGAACAGUAAUUUGUCCGUGUUAAUGUCAUCCACCUCGAAGGAAGCAUUGAAUAAGUUGUUGUCUCAGAGUCAUUUAAUAGAGCAUUUUUACCACUUAUCUGCUCCAGAUAAAGGAACUAGAAAUCAAAUCUUGCAAUCAUAUUUAGUUGAAAAUUUGAACUGUGAUCUUAAAUUUGACAUUAUGGACGUAGUAACUGAAACCGAAGGGUACCUUCCCAAUGAUUUGAAAGUUUUAAGUGAUAGGAUAUUUCACGAAGCUAUGUUCAAUACUAUAGAUAAAGCGAGUGAAGUUGAAGAAAUAAAAGGUGAUGAUAAGGAAGGAUUCAAAUUACCAAUAGAAAAAUCUUCUUUUGAAAAGGCCUUAAGUGGGUACACACCUUCCAAUUUAAGAGGAGUCAAAUUACAAAAAUCUUCAAUUAAUUGGUCUGACAUUGGUGGAUUAACUGAAGCAAAAAAUAUUUUACUUGAAACACUAGAAUGGCCAACUAAGUAUGCACCAAUCUUUGCCAACUGUCCAUUGCGGUUGAGAUCAGGUAUCUUGUUGUAUGGCUACCCUGGGUGUGGAAAGACAUUAUUAGCUAGUGCCAUUGCAGGACAAUGUGGCUUGAACUUCAUUUCAAUUAAAGGUCCAGAAAUUUUGAAUAAGUAUAUUGGUGCGUCUGAACAGUCUGUCAGAGAGUUAUUUGAAAGAGCUCAAUCUGCAAAGCCAUGUAUUUUAUUCUUCGAUGAGUUUGACUCUAUCGCCCCAAAAAGAGGUCAUGAUUCAACUGGAGUCACUGACAGAGUUGUCAAUCAAAUGUUGACCCAAAUGGAUGGUGCUGAAGGUUUGGAUGGAGUUUAUGUGCUAGCUGCUACCAGUAGACCUGAUCUAAUUGAUUCUGCCUUAUUAAGACCUGGAAGAUUGGACAAGAGUGUUAUAUGUGAUAUGCCAAAUUAUGAUGACAGAUUGGAUAUCCUAAAAACUAUUACCAGUAAGAUGGAUCUCUCUGAUGACGUUGAUUUGGAAGACUUGGCUAGAAGAACUGGAGGAUUCAGUGGUGCUGAUAUGCAAGGUUUGGGUUACAAUGCUUAUUUGAAGGCUGUACAUGUAAAAUUGGAUAAAGAUGAAAAGGCUGCCCAAGAAAAUACCAAGAACAAGACUGAAUCUGAGUUGUCUGCUGAUCAAAUUGACUUUUUUCAAGUCAAUUCUGAAAAAAUUAAAAAUGCCAGAUUAAGACCAACAGAAAGAGUUCAACUCUUACAACAAAUUAAGAACUAUUUAAAUUCUAGUGAUUCUGUUUCGAAUGAGCUGGAGAAGAAAAAGCAAACUGAGGACGAUUCUAGUCUGUUGAUUCUAAUUACUCAGCACGACUUUGAAGAGUCAUUAAAGGAAACGAAACCGUCCAUUUCAGCAAGUGAGAUGAAGAAACUUUCUGGUAUAUAUAGCCAAUUUGUAUCAGGACGUGAUGGCAACAUGCCGAAUGGUACACCUAGUAGUGAAAUAGGUGGAAGAACUACACUUAUGUAA